AAAAUUCCUUUCAUCUACCGGCGUUUUAAAUUUAACUGGUAACCGCCUUGAAUCAUUUUCUGUGGUCGUAAAUUGUUUGUGUCAGAUACGAAACUUUUCAAAUAUGUGUCAAGUUUUUAAUAUAUUUUGAGCAUCUAAGUAUUUUAAAAUGAUAUAUUUAAAAUUACAUAGCUGAUGAUAUCAACUAUUUCUUUCAAAUUCGUUUUUAAGUAUGGGUAACGUACAGACGGUAGGGCCUAAUGAGGCUCUUAUUGUAUCAGGUGGAUGUUGUGGAAACACUGGUAAAAAGAUGGUUGUUGGUGGUUGGGCAUGGGCCUGGUGGCUUGUCACUGAUGUCCAAAGGCUUUCUCUAGAAGUUAUGACUCUUUCACCACGUUGUGAGCAUGUUGAAACAGCACAAGGAGUACCUCUAACUGUAACUGGUGUGGCACAGUGCAAAGUUAUGACUGAACGAGAGUUUCUUGCUACUGCAGCCGAGCAAUUUCUUGGGAAAAAAGUAGAUCACAUCAAAUCAGUAAUUCUUCAAACUCUAGAAGGACACUUAAGAGCAAUUUUAGGUACUCUUUCUGUUGAAGAAGUGUAUAGAGAUAGGGACCAAUUUGCUUCAUUAGUACGUGAAGUAGCUGCUCCUGAUGUUGGACGUAUGGGUAUUGAAAUUCUCAGCUUUACAAUUAAAGAUGUCUUUGAUAGAGUAGAAUAUUUAGCCUCGUUGGGCAAGGCUAGAACUGCUGCUGUAAAAAGGGAUGCUGAUGUUGGUGUAGCUCAAGCAAACAGAGAUGCUGGUAUAAGGGAAGCUGAAUGUGAGAAGGCUGCCAUGGAUGUAAAAUAUGGAGCAAACACUAAAGUAGAAGACUCUCACCGUUUGUUUCAAUUACAAAAAUCUAACUUUGAUGCUGAAGUAAAUACAAAGAAAGCUGAGGCACAGUUAUCAUAUGAGUUGCAGGCAGCAAAAAUGAAACAAAAGAUACGUAGCGAGGAAAUUGAAAUUGACAUUGUGGAAAGAAGGAAGCAAAUUGCAGUAGAAGAAAAAGAAAUUCUUAGGAGAGAUAAAGAACUCACUGCCUUGGUGCGUCUUCCAGCAGAGGCAGAAGCUUACAAAGUGGAGCUAAUAGCACAAGGAAAACGAACACAAACUAUGGAGGUUGCUAGAGCAGAAGCUGAAAAAAUUCGCAUGCUUGGUUCAGCUGAUGCAUAUGCCAUUGAAGCUGUGGGUAAAGCUGAAGCAGAAGGAAUGAGGAUGAAAGCUGCUGCAUAUAAACAGUAUGGAGAUGCAGCCAUUAUGAGCUUGGUCUUAGAAGCUCUUCCUAAGAUUGCUGCUGAAGUCUCAGCACCCUUGGCCAAAACAGAAGAUAUUAUUUUAAUUGGUGGAUCCGAUCCGGUCACAGCUGAAGUUACUAAACUUGUUAGUCAGAUACCUCCAUCUGUUCAAGCUCUUACUGGUGUAGAUUUAACAAAGGUGCUGUCCAAAAUAUCGAGUGGAAAAUAAAAUUCUAAAUAAUGUAGAUGCUUUGAUAGACAUUUUAUGUGAUGCUUUUGACAUCAUACUACGACAUUUUUCAAACUGUACAGUUUAUUGUAACAGAAAACUUAUACAUUUUGUAGACAUUGUACAUUGCCAUUUUUAGAUUUGUAUUUUUUAAUAUUAGGAAGUGUUAUUUUAUGUUUACAUACUGCCAAUUUUUCUUGUUGAAAAUCAAUUCUUAAUUUUUAUAUUCAUAUAUUUUUAUUUUUAUUUGCUUUCUUUAUAAAAAAAAAUUAUAUAUACAAAAAAUGUGUAACAUGCCAUCAAGGGACAUAAAGUUUACUUCAUUUGGACCUUUUUAUUAAAUAUAUAUGUAUAUUAGCUUAUUGUAAUCAUUGACUAGGGAAAAAUAUAUAUAUUUUUAACUUAAACUUUGUAUGCUAAAUAUUCUAGUCAUUUAAUUAGAUUACAUCUUCUUGUAGUGCCAAAUCUAAACAUUUCUUUAGUCAACUGAGUCUAAAAAUCACCAGCAUUUACUAUUUGUAUUAAGACAUUUUAAACGACUUCCAAUUGUAUGCACUGUUUAAGAAUUUCUACAUUUCUUAUUGUAAUUUUAAUUUAUCCUAAAACUGAAAACAUAUCUGUAAAUUUAAUUUCUAUAAAGAUAAAAAAUUUAAGUAACUUUUCACUGAAAAUUUACAUAAUAGGAAUACUCUUUUAUAUUGACAUAAUUUACAUAAGGUUUAUAGAAAUAACAGCCAUUUAUACAUAGCUGGCUGUGUGACACUGAUACUUUUUAUUGGUAUUUGUAUCUCAUUAUAAAUUGCUGCUUAUGAUUCUGAAAUUUUAAAUCUAUUGUUUAAAGCUACUGCUAACAAUAAAAAUAUGAAAUUUUAUUUACUGGUUAAAAAAUUUCGUUUUCUACUUCUGUAAAACUAUAGAUUCAUAAUUAAUCUCUUCCCUUUUUUCAAUUUAAAAUAAUGCAAUUCACAUUGUUUUUCUUAUAUCAGUCUUAAUACUAUAAAAUGCAAUAUAAUGUAUAACAUUACAAAAAUAAAAUAGAAUUACAUUUUGAAUUAAGCACAAAUCUUCAGUAGAUUGCCUUUUCUCAGUACUUUAUAAAAUCACAUUGGUAUUAUAAAACUGUUUUUGCUGACAAGAGGGAAGGCGGGGUUUGAGCAAUAUUUAAGUAAAACAGCAAAAUCCUCUUAUUUUUAAAAUCUGCGAAAAAAUAACUCUUAGAAAAUUUUUAAAUUUGGAAUAAAAGUUAAAUUUGGAAAAAUCUCAUAAAAAAGAUAAUUUCUUUGAAGAAUUUCCAAUGCCUAGAGUUUUAAGCACAAUGGGAAAAUCCAAAUAAUACCUACAGAACAUUUUAUAAAAUGUAUUUUCAUUCAAUAUUAAAAAUUAGAUUUCUAUAGUAGAAAUCAAAAAUUAGAGGAUUGUAAUUUGCUUACGUUUAUUAACAAGGUUAGAGUCUAAAAUUACCAAAAACAUGCUUAUGUAAUAUUCUAAAGGACUUUAAUAGUGAAAUUCUUGUUCUAUUCCAUACUCAUUGCAUCAGGCUUUUACCAUAGAGCUAAUAAAUUUUUUCUGAAAUUAUAAAUAACUUUUUGCUUUCAUUGUGACAGCUUGUUUUAAUAUGCAUUGCUCCCAUGAAAUGGUCAAAUGUAAUUUUAUAUAUAGAUAUUGUUAUUUACUGUUUUAUUUCACUUUUUAUAGUUCAUUUUAUUUUAUAAUAAGCUGAUAAAGUUUAUAAUUCUCUUAUUAUGCAGUUUAUUUUUAUCUAUCUUGAAUUGCAACUAUUUUAGUCCAUUUAGCUAACUCAUUUUGCAUAUAUAUUUUUUAUUACUGUAUUUAUACUAUUUUUUUGCCACAAUCAUUUUGUGCAAUAUUUAUUUUAAAUUUAGUUAAUGUUUUAGUCUUCUUUUUUUUUAAGAGGUGCAUUUUUUUUCUUAUAGUUAUAAAGAAUCUCAAGUUUAAAUUUAGUAUCAUUUAAACUUAAUUUAUACAACUAGUGUGGAUAACAUUCUUAUACUGUAAAAAGUUUAUUUUAUUUAUUUCCUUCAAUAAUUUGAAACAAUGUGAUUAUGUGUGUUGCUUAUCUUACAUAGUUACUGAAUCAAAGAGCUAAAAAAAUAUUCUAUUCAUAAUUAGCUGUAGAGAAUUAGGCUUAUAAAUAUUAAUUAUGGAAUGGACAAUCGAAUUAUAUUUUUAUAUAAAAUAUCAUAGAAACUGAGAACUGAUUGUAUCCAUGAAAAAACUACCUACUAUUUAGUACUGCCUUUUUUAGAUUUAUUUAUUCUUUAUUAUUAAAUCUCUGUUUUAAUAUGUUAUGUUCAACUGUGUGGUAAAUUGUAAUUAUACCUACCUAGAAUUGAAAUUGAAGAUGGUACAAUUCUAUGUGACAGAAUUUCUGAAAAAUUGGUAGAAUAUUUAUAUUAAGAAAUUUUAAAGAAGAAUUAUUAUCAUGCCUAGGUGAGUUAGACUCUAAAUCAAAGCCCAUUAUAAAAUAACCAACUUUGAUUAACCUUUUCUAAGAAAUUAAUUUUUGUUUUUUGUCACAGUGAACAUUUACACACAUUUUUUUCAUUUUAAAUUUAGAAAGUACAUUUUUAUCAAUACAUCUAAAAAAAAAAACUUUUUUUUUUCUUUUUAAAGAAACUUAAGAUAAAAACAGUAAUUUGAAAUACUGGACCCUGUGGCAAAAUUUUUCGGGCUUUCUGUGACAAACCUUUCUAUCACUAAUAUCUUUCUGCUAGUUUAAUCUUAAAUGCUGUUCUUAUAAAUUCUUGGUUCCCGUCAAAUCACUAUCUUCCCUAUAUGUCACUUUUUUUAUUAUUGAUCACUAAAAGUUAUCAAAUGUCACUUUUUUCAUUAAAUUAAUAUGUGACUAACUGGUAUAAAAAAUAUCCCAUUGUAUGGAAAAAAAUUCUUUUCUUCAAAUUUUGCUGCUAUACAUUGAAGAUUCUUUUGAGUUAACUUUACUAUAGUUAGCAAACAAAUGUGAAAUCAUAGCUGGCUUUUUUGGAGCAAAAGAAUGCUUUCGCAUGAGCAUGACUUACUUGAUGAAUGGGUGAAGUUUGAUCACUACCAUGUCACAUAAGCUCAAACUUACUUUGAAAAUAUGCUUAAAAUAAAAUAACUGAUUUAUAAAAGAAAUCGAAUAAAAUUUGACAUAAAAAGUGUGUUUUCUCCUUAUAACAUACUGUUAUGAUUUACUGCAGUAUUACUAUUCUUGAUCCUAAAACAUUUUUUUUAAGCUUUCAAAUAUGUUAUUUCAGUUUAUCUGUGGAUAAAAGUUAAUGACAGGUAGAACAUUCUUUUGGGGUACAAUUUCUUGGAGAGAAAAACUUUUUUUUUCUAUUUGUUAAUAAAUAUCUGUUAUGGUUGUAAACUUAAUUUUGGUCACUUUUUCUGGAAAAAAUAUUAAUUUCUACUUAUUUAUUAUUAUUUUUAUUUAUUUAUUUUUUUUUACUUUUCCCCUAUUUGUACACCUUUAUUACUACCUGCAAAUUGAAAUUGUUCUUUUUUCUUUUAUUUCGAUGCCCUUUUUCUCAUAUCUCUUCUGUUAGUAAAAUAUAUUGUUAUUAGGGGUUAUUUUAUUCCUUUGGUUUGCCAACAUUUCAAAUAUCAAAAUCUUAUAUGAUGUUUAUUAUUAACUGUAAAUACAGUUUCACUUUUUAUUUUUAAAAUUUUUUUUAAUUCAUUAAACUUAUAUUAUUUAAUUAAUCAAUCGAUAUUUCUUAGAUGUUUUUACUAAAAUUUUGCAUGUGUGUUUUUAACAUAAAAAUGUUUAUAGACCAGAAUUUAUAUUCUUAUUACAAUCCAUAUUUCCCUGCCUUUAUGAAAUAAUAUUGAGUGAUUGACUCUCUCUUUUCUUUCCUUGAUUAUAAAUUGACAGUUUAUUUUACUUGAAAUUGUCUAGCAAAUAUUAGAUAUAUUGUUUAAACACUCCUCUCUUGCUUGGUGUUCUUUAACCUACCUUGCCUGGUGUUGUUGAUUUACUCAACAGCAAAUUUGAUCUGCCUGUAUGUAUUUUAAAAUUCUUUUGUUAAUGAAAAAUAUUGAUGUUUAAUGUUGGUAAGGAAAUCUCUUUGUCAGAAUCAUAAUUUAGCUUCUAAAAAAAUAUGCAUUUUUAAUAAUUUUGUUUAUAUUUUACAUAAUAUUUAUCUAUAUUAAAAACAUUGAGUUUUUUUAAUUAAUAAUCAUAAAGUUUGAGUGAUCUAUAUUUUUCUUUAUUUAUUAUUGCUAUUCUAUUUAUUUCUUUAUUUAUUAUUAUUCAAGAUGAAAUAUUAUUUCUUUUGUUAGAUAAUACUGACUUAGAAAAUCAGUUCUUAUAAAUAAACUUAAUAACAUUAAUUUGCCAUAUCAAUUUUUUUUAUAUUUUUGUUGUAAAUUUAACUUUAUUUCUUAAUAUCGAAAAUAAAAUUAUCAAUGAAAAACUUGUUCAUUCAAUAUCUGCCCAUUUUAGCAAUUAGUAUUUAAAUUGAAUAACAAUUUUUAGCAAUUUCACUGCCAUUAAUUUUAUUUACAAAUUUAUUCCCCAUUCAAGAUUCCCAACCUAUAAUUCUGAAACUUUGUACAUCCUUAUAUUCAUUUAUUGAUAGCAAUGCAAGAUGUAAUGAAACUAAUUGUAAGGAGUGAUAACAACUUGCAAAAACAAUUUCAUCUUAGUGUGUGAGGUCAAAAAGCUGAAAACAAGCAGUGAGAGUGUACCUGCUUAGUGAAAAUGAAAAAUACAAUAAAAGAAAAUAAUACAGUAAUGACAAAAGCAAAAUACAAAAAAUCUUUACAUUAAGAACUUUACAACAAAUGAACGACUACCAGCUGCAGUGACACUUCAAAUAGACUCCAUAAAAAUAAAAUAAAAAUUUGCUACCGAUACGUCAUGCCCUUCUUGGAACUCGUGCUUGGCUUUCUGAACCCACAUUUUUUAUGAAAGUUGUUUGUUUUAGCAAGUUCAAUCACCUUUGAGAAUCUUGAUCAUUAGUUUUUUACAACGUGUUUAUUUUCAUUACCAUAUGUCAAAGAAUUUAUAAAAGUGUAAUCAAGUUCAUUUUCAGUAUCAACAUUCUAAUUAAUUUUUGUUCUAUUUUGUGUAGUUUAUUCUUUAUAAAUCUUUCCUGCCAAUUUUUAUUAUAAUUUAUAUACAUAUUAUUUGUUCUUCUAAUUUUCUCGCAAAUGUAUGUAUAUAACAUAUAUAAGUAAUAUUUUUAUAUGUAUUAGUGUAUAGCAUAAAAUAAUUGUGAGCUAUAAAAUAUAUGCUUAAUAUUUAGUGAGACAACAGUUUGUAGUUGGUUGGGAAUCUUUUAAAUAAACUAAUAACAUUUAAAAAAAUAUUAACUGCAUUUGAUUUGCUUUUCAAUUUAAUUUUUUUAAUUACUUUGCUUAAAAAUAUAAUAGACUAAUAUUCUCUGCCACUUAAUUUGAAUUUUUUUAUUAGCCUAUAAAGUAUAUAUUUUCUUGUUUUACUGUAUAAAACUUGUAAACUUGUCGAAAAAUCAGUUUUAUUAUGCAAGCAAUGUUGUAUGCAGUCUGUGAGCCUUAAUGAAUGCCUUUGGCAUUAUAUUGUAUGUAUUAAAAAUAAUAGAUGAAUUCUUUUAAAUUAUUUCUAAAUGUGCUUUAAAUUAGAAAUGAUUCAUUAUGCAUUUUUUUUACCUUUAAAUCUACAAUAUAUUAUUUACAGUCAUAUAAUAUUGUCCAAAGAAAUAUAUUCUUGUGUAUUGAAAUAAAUGUGACAGAAUUUAA